AUGAGUCGUUUAUCUCUUGAUAAAAUAGUUCGUCUUCGUGUUAUUGGUAUUAUUACUAAAGAAGUACAUGGACGUGAUAUUAUCGAACGAUUAAUUAAAACUCAAACAAUGGAUAUACAAUCAUUUGAAUGGCAAAUGCAAUUAAGAUUUUAUUGGGAACGACAUGAACACAAUGAAGAUUGUAUUAUUCGACAAACAAUAACAAGAUUUACUUAUAACUAUGAAUAUUUAGGUUGUACAAGUCGUUUAGUUAUUUCACCAUUGACUGAUCGAUGUUAUAUUACUCUAACAACUGCUCUACAUUUAUUUCGAGGUGGAAGUUCCAAAGGACCAGCUGGUACUGGCAAAACUGAAACAAUAAAAGAUUUAGGAAAAAAUUUUGCUAUUUAUGUUGUUGUUCAAAAUUGCUCCGAAUCACUUGAUUAUAAAUCCAUGGGAAAAAUGUUUUCAGGUUUUGCUCAGAGUGGUACUUGGGGGUGUUUUGAUGAGUUUAAUCGUAUUAAUGUCGAAGUGUUAUCCGUUGUUGCUCAACAAAUUCAUUCAAUCUUAACAGCUUUAUCUUUGAAACAAAAACGAUUUGUAUUCGAAGGCAAAGAAAUUUCACUUUUACCACAAGUUGGUAUUUUUAUAACAAUGAAUCCAGGUUACGCUGGCCGAACUGAAUUACCUGAUAAUCUUAAAUCAAUGUUUCGACCUGUAUCAAUGAUUGUACCAGAUUCAAUUUAUAUUGCAGAAAAUUUUCUCUUUAGCGAAGGAUUUCAAAAUACAAGAAAUUUAGCUCGUAAAGUUUAUACACUUUAUCAAUUAUCUACACAACAACUUUCUAAACAAGAUCAUUAUGAUUUUGGUUUAAGAUCAUUAACAGCUGUUUUACGAUAUGCUGGUGAAAAAAAACGAACAAAUCUAAAAAUGACCGAUAAUGAAGUUCUUCUUUUAUCGAUGCUUGAUAUGAAUGCACCUAAAAUGACUGCACAAGAUUUACCUUUAUUUAAAAAUAUUCUUGAAGAUUUAUUUCCUGGUAUUGAUAUACCAAAAAUUGAUUAUUCAAAAUUAAUUGAAGCUAUUGAAUAUGAAAUGAAUAUACAUCAUUUACAAAUAACACAAAUAUCUAUUGAAAAAGUUAUUCAAUUAUAUGAAACACAUCAUUCUCGUCAUUCAGUUAUGCUUGUUGGUAAAACUUUAUCAGGAAAAACUACAACAUGGAAAUUAUUUAAAUAUGCUUUAAUUACAUUAAAUAAACAAGGUUUUAGUGAAUACAAUAAAGUUAUGGAAUAUCCAAUCAAUCCAAAAGCUGUUAGUUUAGGAGAACUUUAUGGUCAAUUUAAUUUAGCAACAAAUGAAUGGAACGAUGGAAUUCUUAGUAUGAUUAUGAGACAAGUUUGUGCUGAUGAAAAGUCUGAUGAAAAAUUAAUUCUUUUCGAUUCUCCUGUUGAUACAUCAUGGAUUGAAUCAAUGAAUUCCUUAAUGGAUGAUAAUAAAUUAUUGACAUUAGCUAAUGGAGAACGUAUAUCAAUGUCAUCUCAAGUAACAUUAUUAUUUGAAACAGAAGAUUUAUCAACAGCUUCACCAGCAACGGUCUCACGAGCAGGCAUUGUCUAUUGUGAUUAUGAAAAAUUAAAAUGGAAACCUUAUUUAGAAUCAUGGUUAAAGCAAAAGACAUCUCAGGAUCUUCAAACAGAACUUUCCAAUUGUGUGAUAAAAUAUUUGGAGCCUAUAAUGAAAUAUAAACAUAUUCAUUGUAAAGAAUUGAUUCCAAUUCAUGAACUUAAUGGAAUUAUUUCGCUGACCAGAUUAUUUGAUACAUUUUGGUAUUUAAAUGAAAUACAGAUGCAAUUAAAUGAAAAUGAAACAAUAUCAGGACGUUUAAUUGAAAUGUGGUUUGUAUUUUGUUUAAUUUGGUCUAUUGCUGCUAGUGUUAAUGAUGAAGGAAGAAAAAAAAUUGAUAUUUUUUUUCGUGAAACUGAAGGUACAUUUCCUAAUAAGGAUACAGUGUUUGAAUUUUAUGUUGAUACAAAUAGUCGAACAUGGAUACAUUGGGAAGAACAACUUAAAGAAGGAUGGAUUUAUAAUUCCGAGUAA